UCAUUAAUUUUCAUUCUGAUAAUGAUUGUUUUAUCACUUAGAUUUCAGUAAAAUCAAGACCAAAUGCGAAGAAAAAGGCUUGGAUUUAGCUAAGGUUACCAUCGAACAAGUUCCUGUCUGUGCAAGCAUUGUUGUCAGCGGUAUUUCGAAUAAUACUACCUAUGAUGCCAUUGAACUGUACUUUGAAAGUCCAAGGAACGGCGGGGGUCCUGUGAAGAGAGUAGAUUUUAUACCAAAAGGUGGUAGAGCUGUGGUUGUGUUUCAAGAUCCAAACGGUUUGUAACACAAUAGGCCAUUUCCGAGUGGCCCUUUGCCUCUGUGUCAAAACGAGUCUUUAUGCGAAGCCAUUGUUAUGAAAAUGCGUUUCAUCUAUAAGUUCAUUUUCAUGCAAAUCAAACUCAUUUUCAUAAGAAGCGUUUGGCACGAGCACUCGUUUUGAAACUGAGGCAAAAGGCAACUCGGAAUGGCCAAUUCUAACCUAUGGUGACGGUUCAGCUAUCUUUUGUGGGCAGUUCUUAAGAGACGAUAACCAUGGCAUUGGGAUAGCCACACACUGAAAUCCUCCCCAAGGAAAAGGUUCUACGUACGGUAUAACUCUCUUGUUUUAUUUUCUUCGUUCACAGAUAUAAAAGGAGUGUUAGCUAGGCAGAAAGAAAAACCACAUGUCUUAAACCAAGCACGACUGUCAGUCAGAAUUUACCAUGAGUUUCUAGAAAGCGAGGAAGGCGACGAGCCAGAUGAUUCAGAUGGACUGGGAACUACCACCGGUGGCGCCGAUAAAACUCAAGUGAGUCAGCAGUCCGAAAUGAAAGGACAAAAACUACACAUAGCUGUAGACCCGGAUGUAAUGGAAUUCGUUAUGACUUCAGCAUUUCGUGAUCAACUGAGCAAUUCCCUGGCCGCUAAGAAGUGUGAAAUUACCUGGACACCGAGCACCAAAGUAGCUGUAAUAGUGUACCAGGGAGGAGACAAUAGUGAUUCGUGGCAGUCCGAGUGCAUUGAUGAAGUACAAAAUUACCUCGUUAAAUUUGCAAAACGCGACGUUCAAGUCGACAAGGAUUCCUGGAGAGCCGUGGUGGCACAGUUACCCAGUAUUCGCGCCUGCCUGGGAGUAGAUCCUCCGCUGGUCAAACUUAUCGAUGAUUCAUUUGCUGCAAGAAUUGUUUCCCUGAGCACAGCUGUAAAGGAUUAUGAGGAGAAGUUGAGAUCUAAAUUGGAAGACAUAUACCGGGAGGAAACCAGAAAAACCUACCUGAAGAAAAAAGUUCCAAAUGUUCCAAAAGAACACUUAAUUCUGUUGGAGAAGAUCAAGUUUGUGGGGAAACUUCAAGAGAACAACAAGGAGCUGGAGAUAAAGCUAGACACUAAAGGAGAAGAAAUCUAUUUCGAAGGUCCUGAGUCACAGUUUACUGAAGCAACGACGAAGUUCCUCAAACAAAUGUCGUACAUGGUUGAAAAGAACUUGGCUCUACCCGACGUCAUCUUGGAAGUUUUGGGCUCGGACGAGGGAUUAAAGAAAGUGAAAGGUGAGUUGGAAAACAACAAUGUGGAGGCAGUGUUCGUCAUUGACAAGGACUCCGGUGCCAGAAUUGUGAGCACGUCAGCUGCACACUGUGACAAGGCCGAGAGGCUGGUGAACAGGCUGGCGUUGAACGAAAAAGUCCAAGUGAAUGAUAAGAGCGAAUGUUUGUUGAAAACUCCAGAAUGGCGUGGGUUGUGUGACGAAGUCAACACUGAAACAGCUGUCCGUAUCCAUCGGAACAACUGGAAUGACAUUUUCGUCGCUGGGUUCCAGGAUGACGUCAAAGAGGUGAUGAAGAAGCUUAACACGUUCUUGGAAAACAACUGCAUCAGGGAAGAACAGUUUGUAUGUUCAUCGCCGUUUGUCAGAAAGUAUCUUGAUGAGUUUCGUCAGGAAGAUUUACGCUCCAUUGAAAACCAACUGAAAGAUUUUGAAGUGAAGAUUAACAAAGGAAAAGGCGAUGAUGAUUUUGACAUUUCUGGAAACAAAGAAGGCUUGAUUCGUGCGAGAAAGAAGCUUGGCGCUCUCAUAAAGGACACUGCGUCUGAAACAUUUGACGUGAAACAGCCAGGCCUUCGGAAGUUCUUUGACAGUGGUAAAGGAGAUCGUCUUGUUAAAUCAGUGGAAAAGGACCAUAGCUGUGCGAUUCAAGUCAAGAAUUUUGGCCAAAGGUGGGAUGACUCGCGCAGCCAAGCAGCGGCUGUAGAUUCUGCUUCGUCUGGAAGUGACGAUGAUGACAGUGAUGUUGAUGAUGAAGGUGACGACGACGCUGCUGUGAGCGAUUCUGAUGCGUCUACCUUGGUGAUGACUCAAGGCCACAAGAUAUCAUGGAAACCUGGAAACAUUGAGAUGGAGAAGGUUGACGUAUUGGUCAGUUCGGUCGGAGCAUCCUGUCAAGCGAUAGUCAAUGCUGGUGUUCCUGCAAUGACAAAUCCAAACGUUGGAGACAUUACUGUUAAUUCCGGUUUACCUUUGACCAAGCAAGUGAUCCACACAAACUGUUGCCAGUGGCAGGGUGGCCAAGGGGACGUGACUCUACGGGCCAUCGUCCAAAAGUCUCUGCAGAAGGGGGAAGAGCUUGGAGCGAGGUCCAUUGCAUUUCCUGUCAUAGGCACUGGAAAACUCGGCUUCCCACGAGAUGCAGCCUCGAGAAUCAUGUUAGAAGAAACGAUCAGCUUUUGCCAAAACAAUCCUUAUUCUAACGUGCAGGAUAUUCGAUUUAUCGUGUUCCAGGGAGAUCAGGCAUUAACUGCUGCCUUCAAACAAGAGAUGGACAAAUUGAAAUCCAAAUUCCGUCCUGCCUACACUAUGAGGGGGCUGUUAAGCAGUAUUCGUUCUAGGUUCCGACGAAGGGUCCCACUCUCUUCGGGGGGUGUUCAUAUCGAGGUUCUGCAAGGUGACUUGUGCCAGGAGACAACAGACGCCAUCGUGAAUAUAGCCAGCAAAGACAUGAAUAUGGAGACUGCAGGAGCGUUGAGCAAGGCAGUGAAACUAGCAAGUGGUCCUCAAGUGGAGGCUGAGUGCAACCAGUUGGGACAGCAGUCGGGUGGAUCAGCGGUGAUUACUAGUGGAGGGAAUUUAAAAGCUCAUCACAUCAUUCACAUGAUCCCAGACUCUGCGACAAAGGAUCAUCUGCAGCAGUGCGUGGAAAGAUGCCUUCGUCUUGCAGAAACAAAAGGUCUUCAGUCCAUUUCUAUCCCAGCAAUUGGAACUGGAGCAUUCGGUUUGUCUGCUGUAGACUCAGCUAGCCUGAUAUUUCAAGCUCUUGGCAACUUUAGCGGAAGUUUCAACAACAUUCGUAAGGUUAGGAUUGUGGUCUUCCAACCUCAAAUGCUGCAGUCAUUUCAGCAGGAGAACCAGAGGCACUUCUCGUAUUCUAGUGGAGGCACGGCUGCACCCAUUGGUAAGGAUCACCGCUUUAGUGUGGAAGUCAUAAAUGGUGAUCUAACUCAAGAGAGAACCGACGCCAUCAUGAAUAUCAACAGCGCAGAUAUGAACAUGAAUAACGCCGGUGACUUGAGCAAAGCAAUAGCAAGAGCCAGCGGUCAACAGGUGCAGCAAGAGUGUAGCCAGCUGGGAAAGCAGUCCGCGGGCUCAGCUGUGAUGACCAGUGGCGGGAACUUACAAGUAUCUCACAUCAUUCACAUAAUUCCGGGAUCUUCAGAUAAACAACAUCUUCAGCAAUGUUUGGAGGAGGGUCUUCGUGUUGCAGAUGCACACAACCUUCGAUCGAUCUCAAUUCCAAGUGUUGGUACCGGCGGAUAUGGCUUGGCCGCGGCGGACUCGGCUCAGGUAACGUUUCAAGCGCUCAACAACUUCAAUGGCAGCUGUAAGAGUGUUCGCAAAGUGAGAGUGGUUGUAUUUCAAGCUCAGAUGAUCCAAGAAUUUUUGCAAGAGCAGCGGAGAGACUCAAUGCAAGAUGUGGACGAAGAAGAAAGCGACUCAUCUUCAGAUGAGACAGAUGCUGGCCAGCCAAGAAUGCGUGUAAAAAGUCCAAUAAAACAAGCAAGUCUUGACCACUCUGUGCGAAUUUGUGUGAUUGGCAAGAAAAAAGCUGGAGUGGAAAAAGCUGUGGAGUCUUUGAAGAAAGGUUUCUCUGAAGCUUGUACAACUGAGAAAGUCGAAAGUGAGGUCAUUAGUCAACUCUCUCAUAAACAGAUUGUCAGCCUGAGAAGAAAAGCCGAGGACCGUGACGUCAAACUUGUAGUCGAGGCUGAUGUUGAUCGCAUUGUCGUACGGGGUCAACCGGCUGAAGUGUCCGGCAUGGUCGGGGAGAUCUGGAAAGAGAUAAGUGAGAGGACAAAAAAGACCCAGGAGGAAGAACAGGCGCAACUGGUGGCAAUGAACAUAGAAUGGAGUUAUGAAAUACAUGGUAGUAAAAUGAAUUUCGGUCGGAAAGCCAACGCCAAGAUUGAGAUGGCGAGCAGCAAAGAUAAGCCCAUAGUACAAGUAUCUUUACGUGGNCACAAAAUAUCGUGGAGAACUGGAAUGAUUGAGAUGGAGAAGUUUUGUUUUAAACUACGGGCUGAUGCAUUGGUCUGUUCGGUCGGAGCAACCUCUCAAGCGAUUACAAAGGCUGGUGUUUCUCUAAUGACACCUCCAAACGCUGGAGACAGUGCUGUCUCUCCUGGUUUUCCAUUGACUAAUCACGUGAUCAACACUUCCUGUGGUCCAUGGAAUGAAUCAGUGAGAGGAAAGAUAUAUAGAUAUAAAUGGACUUCUCGCAAAGUACUCAUUAUAUGGUUCACCUUUGAAGUCCACUCUUACAAAAUUUCCCUUUUGCUCCAGUCUCUACAGGCCAUCGUCCAAAAGUGUCUGCAAAAGGGAGAAGAGCUUGGAGUGAAGUCCAUUGCGUUUCCUGUCAUAGGAACUGAAAACCUCAGCUUCCCACGGGAUGCAGCCUCGAGAAUCAUGUUAGAAGAAACAAUUAGCUUUUGCCAAGCUAACCCUUGGUCUAAAGUGGAGGAUAUCCGAUUCGUUGUGUUCGAGCAAGAUCAGGCAUUGAAUGCUGCCUUCAAACAAGAGAUGGACAAAUUGAAAGUCAAGCACAAAACCCGCACUCCUGCCUACACUGCGAGUGGGCUGUACAAAAGUAUUUGUUCCAAACUUCGAGGACUUAGAAGGGACCGAUCAGUCUCAACAAAUUUAGACUCAAUAUCAAAUGAUACAGAUACUGGAAUGCUAAGAAAGCGUGAAAGGAGACGAAAGCACCGCCCGAGUCAAGAACACUCCGUACGAAUUUUUGUCCUCGGCAAGAACAGUGAAGGCGUGGACAAGGCCGUGGAAUCUUUGAAGAGAAGUUUUUCUGAAGCUUGUACCACGGAAAAAGUCGAAAAUGAGGUUGUUAGUCAACUUUCUCAUAAACAGAUUGUCAGACUGAGAAGAAAAGCCGAAGACCGUGACGUCAAACUUGAAGUUGAGGCUGAUGUUAAUCGCAUUGUCUCACGAGGUCAACCGACUGAUGUGUCCGGCAUGGUCGGGGAGAUCUGGAAAGAGAUUAGCAAGAGAACAAAGAAGAACCAGGAGGAAGAACAGGCGCAACUGGUGUCAAGUAACAUAGAAUGGAGUUACAAAAUACGCGGUAGUAAAAAGGUUUUUGAUCCCAGAGCAAAAGCGAAGAUUGAGAUUGCGAGCAGCAAAGCUGCGCCCACAGUUAGAGUAUCUUUACGUGGAGAGAAGUUUAUCCUUGAUCUGAAGUCAAAAACUGGCCGCGGACAACGAACCGGUGAACAAAUUACACUGAAGAGAAAGGUGAAGGGAGUUGAAGAAGGAAUUCCCCUUCCCAAACACUGGACGAAAAUGCCAAGCGCUGACAUGACAGUGCACCUGGUUCCACUCUUGAAAACUUCCUCUGAGUAUUACGACGUCACGCGCAAGUUCCAGGCUACCGCUGGUGGAGUGCAUAUUCAGAAAAUAGAACGAAUUCAGAAUCCUCAUCUUUACCAGUGUUACAUGGUAAGAAAACAAAAGAUGGACAAAGACAUUGGUGGGAGUAGUGAACGGCAGUUGUUUCAUGGAACCGACGCUAAAAAUGUCAGCCACAUUAACACUCAAGGAUUUAACAGAAGCUUAUGUGGGGCCCAUGGAACUAGAUUUGGACAAGGUACUUAUUUUGCAAGAGACGCCUCUUACUCACUUGGUUACGCAAGGAUGGGAGAUGCCGGGGGUCGCUACAUGUACCUUGCCCGGGUCCUGGUCGGGCAGUAUUGCGUAGGCAACUCUACAUUGAAAGUGCCUCCCCCAAAGAACCUUUCAAGACCAGAGAUAUUGUAUGAAUCAGUGGUUGAUAAUCGAGUAAAUCCGUCUAUUUUUGUUGUAUUUUACGACAAUCAGUGUUAUCCGGAAUACCUUAUAACUAUGCAACGGUAGACGAAAUAUUUCUUUGUCAAUGCUCUUCGUAGGAAAUGAUGUGUACACGUUGUUCCGCCAGAGAAUAUAAUAUCUGACACAAAAUUAAAUUGUAGAUUAAAAUGUGAUAUUUUUACAUGCAGAAUGAUGUAACAAGGAAUUCAAACUCAAAAUGUACUUAGAUCAGGAAGUCUGUAUACGACAAUCUUGACCGUGGUCGUGAGAACAGACCGAACGCAGUCAAGCUCGGUUGAUAAGAUGUUUAUUACAUGGCCAAACAAGACUACAAUUCGCUGAAAGUCGCUUUAUGCAGCCGGUUCAUAGUCGCUGCCGUUUUGCUUGCGAACUGGGAUGAAAACUUUUGGUCAGAAGAAGGUCGAACUCACUGACUGGUUUGUUUUUUAAUUUUUCUAGCUUCUAAUAUUACCUUGGUCUUGUAGUGAGUAUUUUUAAUUUCUGGACUACUUACAAAAAUUUCUCAAUUUCGUAUCCUAGACCGCGGGCAAUAUCGAUUUUGGCCCAUCACAUUUGUGAAAUUUGGUACUAGUUACCAGUCCUUACGAGACACGGCCACAUAAUAUCGCUUGAUGUGAUUUUGUGUACCAACUCAGGAUUCGGGUUGGCAAGUUUCUUUACGCGAAAAAUAUUUUGAAUUUUUUGUUUUCAAAAUUAAAAAGCAACCAGCAUAAUUUUACGAUGGGCCCAGAUUGGUUAUCACCCCAUGGACAAACCAGCAGACUAAGCAGAACGCAAAUGAGGAGAAAGAGAAAUCAAAUGUACAUAAUGUCCUUAUUCCAUUGGUUUGGCAUCUUUAAAGGAGCUAAGUCACAGUUUGCGCAUUUGAAACGUAUAGGCCAUAUUUUUCAAGCUCUUCAUUUGUAAUCCGUGUUAAUCUUCUCCAUCCUUAAACAUCCUUGUUC